AUGGGCGCGGCGGAGUCGAGCACUUCCUCUCGUCCUCCUGGAACGAUGUUGUUGGCGAAGGAGCAACCGGAGAAGUCAAAACGAACGAACAGAGGGCCGAAACGUAAGUGCGUUUUGCUUUUCGAUGAUGACGAUGAAAACGAUGCGUCACAUUCAUCAUCAACGUUACUCUUAAAUCGAAAAGACGUUCUGAGAUUAGUGUGGAACCUACCGAAACGCUUGAGACUUACCUGGCGAAAACUGUUCGACACGAACACGGACGGUUUAUCGUUCACUCGUUUAGUCGAAAGUUUAACGAAGAACGAAGCGACAUCGUUUUGUAUCGCGGUGGAAACGAAAGAGAAAAAAGGAGAGAUUUUUGGUGCCUUGAUGGUCUUUCCCGAACGCGAAGGGUUGACACUGAACAAGACGGAGUGGCAAGGGUUAAGCGAGAGUUAUCUGUUCACGUUUCCUCAAAAACAAGCGAACGUGAAAAGGCAACCGAAAAAGUUCUUGGCGAGUGCAAACACCGACGGUCAUUAUUGUUGGUGUUGUCGCGACAUGGUCGCCUCGGAACGCUUUCCCAACGGGUUAGCUUUUGGAGGGAAAGAAUAUCCGAUUAAACACUUCGCGAUGUAUAUCGACGAACACAUGGAGACACUGACGACGAGGAAAACUGGAGUGACGUACGAAGGGUGGGGAUGUGAAGAUUCAAACAUUGAGAACGAAACGAUGACGAUUGAACGAGUGGAAGUGUGGCAGUGCGACGCCGAGGACGAGAGAGGCGAGAAGCCGAAGAAGAAAAACAACAUCGUGGCAGAAAUGGACGGGUCCGCCGCUGUGGCGGCGCAAAAAAUGAAGAUGAAAGGAGGAGAGAGUCACAAAAAUGGUGAUGGAGGUGUGUUAUCGGAGAAACAUCGCGAGGCGCGAUUCUUGGCGACUGUUGGAAGCACGAAAAUCGCAUUAGAAUAA